AUGAGAUUGGGAGUCACUAUUCUGGAAGGAGAGGGACUGGGAGUCAAUAUUCUUGAAGGAGAGGAACUGGGUGUUACUAUUCUUGAAGGAGAGGGACUGAGAGUCAAUAUUCUUAAAGGAGUGGGAUUGAGAGUCACUAUUCUGGAAGGAGAGGAACUGAGAGUCAAUAUUCUUGAAGGAGAGGGACUGGGAGUCACUAUUCUUGAGGGAGAGGAACUGGGAGUCAAUAUUAUUGAAGGAGAGGGACUGGGAGUCACUAUUCUUGAGGGAGUGGAACUGGGAGUCAAUAUUAUUGAAGGAGAUGGACUGGGAGUCACUAUUCUUGAAGGAGAGGAACUGGGAGUCAAUAUUCUUGAAGGAGUGGGACUGGGAGUCACUAUUCUGGAAGGAGAGGAACUGGGAGUCAAUAUUCUUGAGGGAGAGGGACUAGGAGUCAAUAUUAUUGAGGGAGAGGGACUGGGAGUUACUAUUCUUGAGGAAGAGGGACUGGGAGUCAUUAUUCUUGAGGGAGAGACUUUUUGA